GCUAUUUCUUCUUUCAAAUGUUUAAUACUUGUAAAGGAAUUCAUUUGACACUGUGGGUUACUUAUAAUGCGAAGAGAUGGCGCUGCCUUGCAGCUUAAGAAAGGCUAAAAAGUAUUCCAUACGGCCGUCACGGCCGCCACAGCAUAAUUGAUCAGUGCAUUCGCCCGGAUAGCGAAGGGUGCGGGUUCGAGCCCGUCUGCUGCCAGGUCCGCGUGGAUUUUUUUCUAGUAAUAUAAACAUUAUUUAUUUACAAUAUAUUUCUUUGUGUUGUUAAUUCCUCAACCAGUAUUUCCUUUUGUGCGGUAACACCAUAGAAAAAGCCAAGACCCUGCCUACCGAUCUUCUGAUUCUUUGAUAACACUGGGACAAGCAUCAACGCGUGUGUUUAGCUCAACAUACCCCCGAACACUGAAUAGCAGGCAUGUGUGUUGAGACAAGCCGAUAUUGCCCCGACCGCCGUGCACCCUAGAUUGUCCCUGCGGCAUGCACGUCAGUCGGCCUCUUUAAUUGUGAUGUGUGUUGGUAAGCAGGGGCAAUUUUUUAAAUUGGCCCAGCGGCAGGGCGGCAGGGGCGCGAGACCACUCUUGCUACCUAGAUUGUCCCUGCCGUUCUGCACGUUGUCACGUAUGUUGCGCAAUCGGGGCAAUUUCUUAAUCAGUUGGUUGGUAACUAUCACACGGAGCGCACAUAUUUCGAUCAACAUGACAGCAGAUUAUAAUGAGCAUGAAGUUUGGUCUCGAGUGAUAGGAGUAUAUAAAGAUCUGCCCCACAUGUGUAAAAAACACAAACAAUUUAUUUACAAUACAUUUUUUUCUGUUGCCAAUUCAUAACCCAGUAUUUCCUUUUUUGCGCUAACAUCAUAGAAAGAGCCAAGGCCCGGCCUACCGAUAUUUUGAUAAUACUAGGGUCAUUAUAUUAUCAACGCGUGUGUUUAGGUCAACUUAUACCCGAACACUGACUGAAUAGCAGGCAUAUGUGUAGAGACAAGUCGAUAUUACCCCGUCCGUCGUGCGCCCUAGAUUGGCCCUGCGACAGGGAUGUCAGUAACCCGCUUUAGUAAUAUGGUUCCGUUUUUACCCUUUGGGUGCGGAACUCUAAAAAGUAAUUUUAGUCUCCUUUUCAUGUAUGGGACUCCCCAUGAAAAAUUAUUUAAUUGAAUUUUUAACUAAAUAUUUGGCUUUGGACAAGCAUUCUACAUAAAAUACAAAAAUUUCAGUUCUGUAACUCAUUCCGUUUACGAUCUAGAGACCUGUGACUUAAGGACAGACGGACAGACAGAUGACAGAGUGACAGUAACAGGGGUUAACUUUUUGGUAUGGAUGGAACCCUAAAAAUAAAAUUACCAGUAAUGACUUGUUUAUUUAAUAAAAUUACUCUAAUAGGUACAAAUACUCGUAUUAAAUAUAGAAACAUUUGGCUCUACUGGGAUUCGAGCUACCACUCUACCACAGAAAAGACCUAUUUUGUGACUCUACUAUCGAGGUCAUCGAAAUCAUUUAUUUUAGUUUUCAAUCUCAGUUAGGUACCAUUUUAAGCAAUCUGCUAGCCACCUUAGUAUAAGACUAUAUAAUUUAAUCUUUAUGUCAUUUAAUCAUAGAGUCUACAUACUAUCGGCCAUUUCGGAAAAAAGGAUAUUAUUUUCUUGGUUAAAUUUGGUGCAAAUUAGAGCAUGCUGUAUCUAUAAAUAAAUCUUUUAAGUUUGGUGUAUUCACAUCGCGCGUACUGUAUCUGUAGCUACCGAAAUAACAGUAAUUUAACGGUAUCUGUCUACCUUCGAAAGUAGGUACCUAACAUGAUUUUUUCUAUAUAAAUUUUACAAAAACCUUAGAUUAAUUAUUGUGGGUAGAGUCGAAGUAAAAAAAUCCUUCAAACAAUAACAUUACCGACGGCGGUUAAGUAGGUUAAAAUACUUACGUAAGCUUGUAAUUGCAUUAUAUUCCUACCUACUUUUCGUUGUUCAUAGUAAAAUACCUAAACAUUUGACAACUACUUUUUAAGAUAUCGCUAUCUCGUUCUUUCCCGUAGGGGAUUUUGUUCGAGGAAUGCGCGCGUCGGCUAGUCUCGCUACACCCGGCCGUAAGGGUCAAAAUUGCUAGCGCUAUGUCAUAGGCGGAGCUUAUUGUAUUGUCAUAAGGUUGAAUCUUCUAUAGCACAUUACGGUAGUACGUCAAACGUAUGCGAAAAUUCUGUAGCGAGACUACUUAUAGUGACUAACUUUGUAAAAGUACAUUCAUAAAUUAUUAUUAGGUUAAUUGUGGAAUAAGAAUUUUCGAGUUGUUUGAGUAAUAAUAACUGUUUUAUUUUAGAUAAUAUUUCUGUAAUGAAUUAAUAACAUAGUUUAAGUGGUGUUUUUUGAAAGAAUCAAGAGAAUUUUGAAUAAAUGAAAAGUCCUUGAGAAGUAGUCUCGUGGGGAGUGCGUCUACGUCACGCUGAUAGAAGUUUUGUAGGUAUGUAUGACCACUAGCAAUGGCUCGAUUGGCCAACAAAAGCCUUGUUGGCGGCCAUUUUGUCGAUGCUGAGUCACCAAAAGGUGAAAAAUGUACUGAAUUAAUGCGCACUCCCCACGAGACUACACAACGGUAUUGGUAUUUCCCUGAACAGAACACAAAAUUUGGGUUUCGUGUUCCAAAGCUACCACGGCGUGGCUAACUUAAUUACAAUUUCGCCUGUUUUCGAUAAGUAUUUUUUAUGUUGAAAACAAACAGAAAUUACGCAAACACCUGGAAAACUGAUAAGAGAAGUUAGUGUCAAACAAACUUGGAUACAGGAAUUUCCAUCGGUGUUCACCCUCAUCGCUUGGAUAUGUGUGGUUAACAGCAGUGAAUUUAGGAUAAAAUAUUGAUUGAUAAUCAUUGAUAAAUGAUAUCAAUUUUAAUACUCUAAUCUGUCAAAAGUGUGGAGUGAUAAGUGUAUGUCACGCACGUUCAGUGCGUUUGUUUACGUAUACUAAAAGAUCGAAAAGUGCUCGUGGAUCGUUGCCAGGAUGUAGUCCUGGGUCGUGCUCGUAUUUUGUGUGAUGCGCCUAAACAAAUCUCAGGACUCAGUGUUUUGAAGGUUACCCUGGGAGCGUGUCGGGUGCCGGAAACAUGACGGACACAACGUUGGUCAAGGUGAAGACUGAGAGGCCAGACGAGGCCGAAAUCAGGGAGUUGGCUGCAAAAAUGGUGGAGGCCAACAAGGCUAAGGCGUUGGCGGCUUCCGUGGCGGCAGCGAGGCCACCGCCGGGGGCCCUCGUGGGGGUGCCGCCCCCGGGCGCAGGCGGCCAACUAGGCAUCCUGAACUUCUUGGCGCGAAAACCGGGCGCCCCCGCCGCCGCCGACACGCGGCCCGCACCGGACGCCGAGAAAAAGACACCAGCGCCCGACGAAGCGAGUUGGAAGGGUCACUUCGGAUGGGAUAUGCUGGGAAAAUGUCACAUUCCUUACAUCUACCGCUCUGGCGAGAAGUACGUGGCGGUCAGAAUGGUGGAGAUCAAACUUCUCAACAAGUACCUGAACUACCUGCAUGCGGACAUUUACUCUUGCACCUGCAUCAGGAGCUACUAUAUCACAGAAAUCGAAGCGCGGCUUCUCAACGAGAUCAACAACAGACAUUGUGAUGGACAGUUUGGUCGUGAACCCUUCACGCAGAAAGACUUAGUGGUUCGGUUAUCAGACGCUUAUGAGUUUUACAACUUCUUGGAUGUGUGUUACAAUAAGCUGUUGAGGGGUACGACCAACAGCAAGGACAAAUGUGGUUUUAUUCGAAUAAACAAAGAAUCUGUGGUUCCGUAUACAGUUAGGGAUGGUCAAAAGUUUGUUCCUCUAUUCUACUUUGAAGGUGAAACGGACAAUUUAAAGUUGAAAGCAGAUCAGUUGAAGGGCUGGGACUUAUCUUAUCUGAAGUUUUGUUGUAAAGUGCAAGGGAUCAGAAAUGAAUUAUUUGCAAGUGAGACAUGUUCUGUGAUCAGUUUAUCAGACAUUAAAAGCUACUUCCCACCCGGUACAGAGUUUGAGGAGUACUGGCCUAACAAAGUGGUCGAUUCGCAACUGCUCAUAUCUGCCAAAGGGACAGUAUCGGGCGGCGGGCAGUGGACGCGGGCGCCGCCAGCGCCGCCGCCGGGCGGAGUGGCGGGCGUGGGCUCCGCUGUGGGCAUGGGCGUGGGCAACGCUCCCACGCGGGGGCGGCGCGCCAACAACAGCAGGCACUCGCCGGCCUCCGCCGCCAUGCAGAUCCCACACGGAGGCAUCUCGGCCGCCGCCGUUCAGGCCCUCGCCAACAGCUGGAAUUUGCCCGCAUCACUUACACAGGCGCAGACGCAGCAGGUGCUGCGGCUGGCACAGGCGCAAGUCGCUGCUCAGGCGCAGGCGGCGGCGAGGUACAACAAUGCUGCCAUCGCGGCCGCCGCAGUGGCUAACUCCAUACCGCAACACCGCAACCAACACCAACGGAAUGUACAGUUUCCGAACAGUGCAAUAACAAUGGCGAUGGGUCAGCAGCCCCCUCCACUUCUUGUGAGGAGCUCAGCCAACACAUCGACUAUGAAUGUGCCCCCGCAAGUGACUGGGAGUAUGAAUGGCCACUCAACCUCUCACUCGAUGGACAGCCGGAAAAGGCUAACCCCAAUACCAGAUAUCAACGUUACUGGCAACCAUACGCCGUAUAAGGUGCACAAGGCGCUAGUGGAGAACACUCUAGUGCCGUGCAUCAACGCCAAGCCGUACCAGUACUCGGAGCUGCUGAUGACGCUGCCCGACCUCGCCAGCCACUUCUCCCCGCGCGUGGCGCUCGCCACCUGCCGCGCCAUGCUCGACGCGCUGGGGCUCACUCUGUACCGGCCCAACUCAACGCAGCUGCAAGUGCUCCGCAACUCCGGCAAGUGCAAAUCCGCGGCCGCGGGUGAGAACGGCCUCGCUUUAGUCCAGAUCCGCGACGUGAUGCAGCACAUGCCCCAACUUAAGUACAUGCUUCGUUCUGGUCUCGCCGACGACGCUCCCGCUCCCAGGCCCGCGCCCGCCCACGCUGCCCAUUCUGCUCACGCGGGACAUUCUGCGCCCACGCAUGCCCCACAACCGCACGCCAAACGGGCGCGCGCCAACUGAACAAACUAGUGAACCACUAUGUGAUCUAGUGAGAUGCAGCCGCACGUUGAACGGGCGCGCCAACUGUAUAAAUAACGCGGAAAUCAGUGAACUGCAAUGUGCCCCAGUGAAAUACUCCCAUGCACGCGAAUCGGUUUGUACCCAUGUGGGCCAUUUCGACGAAACGAACGCGCGCCAACUGAAGAAACGAGUGAAUUACCAUGCGGUCUAGUGACAUACACGCACGCACGCAAAACGGUCAAGAGAAUGUGGACACAAGUGAACUACAAUGUGCUGUAGAACGAUGUCCCCACAUCCGCCAUCUACGCACGAUGUGCUCUAGUGAGAUACAGCCACGCACGCAAAUCGGUUUACAUAUUGAAGUUUGAUUAGAGAACGUAAUGUUCUUGAAAGAUUUAUCCGCGCACGCGUCUCGACCGAACACUAACGGAAUCAGAGAAAAAAUGCAGUAACAAGUAUACUACGAUUUGCUCUAGUGAGAUGCGCACACGCACGCAAAACAAGUCAACUAUGAGGUGCUCUAGAAAGAUGUACCCGCAUCUUCGUGUCCUCUUCACACUCGCGUCUCAACCGCACGCUAACUGAACCGGUUAAAAAUGCAGUAACAAGUGAAGUAAUAAUAUGUGCACACGCCGCGAAGAAGAACGCUAAAGGGGCGCGCGCCAACCAAACAGACAAUGCGGAAACAAGUCAACUACGAUGUGCUCUAGAAAGAUGUGCCCGCGUCUUCGUGUCGCCUUCACAAUCGCGUCUCAACCGCAUGCUACCUGAACCGGAUAAAGAAAGCAGUAACAAGUGAACUAUACUGUGCCUGGGCAGAGUCCUCGCACGCCAAGACAUGCCAGUACAUGCCGCAGCUCUCAACGCGGUAACAAGUGAACAACGAUGUGAAACACGCGCGACCAAUGAACGCGUACUGGAUUACAUUGCAGAUUUAAUAAUCGAAUGAAGUAACAAGUGAGCUCCGAUGAGAUAUGUGCGCGUGCGUCCUGCAGUAACUAAAUCAAUCUAAAUUUGAGUUCUGAUGUGCGUGCGCUUACUAAACAUAGUCUUCACUGAAUCGACGUAUAAACAUCUAGUCUAAUGAGAGAUGCAAGUCAAUGUGUGGUGAGCUCUGACAUAAAACGUGCGACGUGUAAACGAGCUUUUAAUAUGAGCAUUCGCCGUAACUGAAGAGGUUAUGUAUACGACGUGUACACCGUUCACAGACGCGUUACUUGAAACUCGUGCAAGAUCAAUCGAUUGGACGUCUGUUGCUUCGGGUCACAGUUGGCGCCCAACAUUGCCGAGUUGGCACAAAUAAUUUUCGACAUCUUCGGUAAUGCAGAAAAGGGAAAACAUUGGCAAACCAGCAACCUUAGCCAGUGACAACAUAAAACGUGAGUUGAAUUGUCACAGUGGGUUCACUGGAUUGCAAUAGCCUGGCGAUUUCUGGUACUUACAGCGUCGACGAUAUAAAAAAUAAAUUGUGAAUUAGAAACUGGGGACUUAAAAUUCAAUUUGUAGUAUUAGUGACACAGCUCCGUUCUUGUACUGGUCCGGACUAGUGGUGUUUAUAUAAACUGACAGUUGAGUGUUCGUAAAUACACUAAACGAACGAUGAAUCCUUGUAAAAUAUGUAUUAUUAUAAUAUAAUGAUAACAUCGAGUCCUCCCCUAUUGGGAAAGCACAAUAUUAGCCAAUUUAUAUUUAUAGAGUUGUUGAAUUAAAUGUAAGGGCUUCCGAGAUGAGUAUUGUGGUAAAUCAAGUGAUCCUUAUUGAUGUUAGAUACUUUAAGGUGAUGGUUUAGUAUACACUCGGUGUCAGUACGUAUGAAGGCUUGUGUAUAUUACCUAUAAUUCUAAGUUACUAAUAUAUGUCAAUUUUUUCAAGAUACUGUAAAAAAUGUAUUUUACAUUGUUGUGUAUUGAAAGAUCUAAGUUAAACGAUCUAUAAUUAACUAUUUAAUAGAAGACUGAAAUUUUAUUUUAUAAUUAUUUCGUAAACGAAAGCUAUAGAGAAGUUGUGAACACAGAGAUUUUAGUUCUGUAUAAUUGCUAUACGAGUUUAGUUUUCAAAAGAAUCUUUGUAAUGUUUAGAAGAAUGUACAAGAUAUGUAAAUAGUUAGAUUUGUAUUAUAAUGAUGCAUUUGAGCAGAUGUGGUUUUUAGCAAUACUUUAUUAUUAGUAUAAAAUAAUUCAGAUAUUGCAAUGCUUCAAAAAAAUUGGGGCAUUGGUUUUUUUAAAAUUCCAUUGAAUUAAUUAAUGCUGAAAUUCCAUCUCUAGAAACGCUUACAAUUUAUCAUCACAAUUUUUAUGUCAUAAUAUUGAAUCAACAUAUUGUCACAAAUACUAGCGAAGCAGUAUGAUCUUUCUAUUUCACAAUUAACACAAACAUUAUGUGUAGCUCUAUUUACUUUUAAGUUAUUAAAUUAUUUCUUAGUUAAAUAUCAUGUAAUGAAAAUAUAAUGGCUGAAAAAGUCAUGGAAUUGUUAACUGCCAUAAUACAUGGAAAUGCUUCUGCUUAAUAUGGGUACUAUCAGGGCCGGAUUUAAACGUUUGGGGCAGCGAAGGACUAGAGAUCCCUAAAUCUGGGCCGGACCGCAAACUAUUUUUCACCCCCCCCCCCCCCUGUGGUUUGGUGAUUCGUUCAAGUUUUUUUGGGGUCUCCGGGUCCCGCCUUAAAUCCGGCACUGGGUACUAUCCAUUGUUAUAAUUUUUAAAUUCUUUACUUAUUGGCUAUUAUUAGCGAUUAAAGUCGCAUUACAUCUACCAGUGAAAAUACAUAAGUGAUUUUGUUAUAUAAUCAACUGUCCUCAUUGAACAAUCUGGUUCCUAUAUUUCAUGUAUUUUAGACAAAGUCUAGAGAAAUCGAUCCCAAAGUUUACGAAAUAGGCCUUGUAAAUGUUUUCCUUCUUUAAUAUUCAAAUCUCAUUAAAAUUUGUUAUGGGUUGCAUCAUUAAAGUUUAAUUGAUAUUUUUGAUUAUAUACACGCCUAGAGAACUAGAACAUGAGCCGUAAUCUUAGCACGAAACGAUAUCGAAUUCGAAUAGUUUGCGAGUGCAAAAUGCCAUUGUCAAAUAUGUACUGAUAUUUAGUUCUCGUUGCGUCCGUUAUGGCGCUGCUGUUGUUGUUUCCAUACAAAAUUUUACAAUGACAUUUCGCAAUCGCAAACUGUUGGAAUUCGAAAUUGGUUCAUUCUAAGGGUACUGUUUUCUUUGUGUGUUUUAUUGGGAUUGCUCUACCUAGGCAUGUAUAAAAUCAAACAUUGUUGGUUAUAUUUUUGUGUAAAAGCCAAAAGUAUAAAUAUUCACAAUUACAAAUAUAAACAUACAUUCGAAUUUCCUCCACCUUUUUCAUUGAAGUCGGUUAAAAACUGAAUAACAGCAAUAUUCUUGAUAAUUUGGCAUUAGCUAAUCAUAAAGAACACUCAAACCUUACACAUUCUAUUCUGUAUUCUGAAGGCUGGUAAUCUCCAUUUUAACUAGCACAACUCGAAUGAAGGCGGCGUGCAUUCUAAACUUACUAUAAAGAUUAUCAAAAUCGCUGAUUUAGUUUUUGCCGCAGAACUCGGGCUUCUGAUGAGACAAUAUUUCAUACUCUACAAUCUACAACCUUGUUUCAAAUCCGCAUCAGGGCAAUAGAACCGCAGUGCACGCACGGCCUUAACCAUCAGUUAACACGUUAUUCACUAAUAAUGUAGAUGGGCGGAAAAUUUAAUAUUUAGGCCUUUCUAGUUAUUAAGGACGAAAUUCUUGUAUAACAUUUUAUUGUAUGUGAAGAUGUGUAAAGUGUAUGUUAAUUUAUUUAUGACAUAGCUAUAAGCAACGGAUCAUUGAUAUAACAAUUAUAUCGGAUGUAAAUUGCAGUUUUACGCAAUAGCUUUUCAUGCGAUACGUCCGUCUGGACUAUCGACUCUGUAAGUAUUUAAAAAUAAAAGGAUUCUUUAUAA